GUAUUUAUUAUGUCUUGACUGUAAAUACAUGGUAUGCAAUACUAACGAUUUAUCAGGUUCACCAAUGUUUGAUAUAUCCAGCAGUUUUAUUAUUGUAGAUGUAGCUGGGUGCAAAGACAGAGGAUUAACUUCUACAAAGCCAGUUGAGAAUUUUUAACUGACGGUGUACAAAUGAGCAGAAUUGACCGACAGUCACUUUUUUUUCCUUGCCUUUUUCACCAUGUCUAAUAUUUAUGCUUUAGAGCCACAUACAAAUGCCAAAGUGAUUUUACAUACCACUUCAGGUGAUAUCGAAAUUGAAUUGUGGGGAAAAGAAGCGCCACGCGCAACACGUAAUUUCAUCCAACUUUGCCUGGAAGGAUAUUACGACAAUACAAUCUUUCAUCGUAUUAUUCCUGAUUUUCUUGUGCAAGGAGGUGAUCCCACAGGCACUGGUCAAGGUGGCGAAUCGAUUUAUGAGGAAGGUUUUCCAGACGAAUUUCACUCCAGAUUAAGAUUUAAUCGACGUGGUCUUGUUGGGUUAGCUAACACGGGUCAAGAUGACAAUGGAUCCCAAUUUUUCAUAACUUUGGACCGUGCCGAUGAACUCACUAAGAAACACACCAUGUUUGGUCGUGUCGCUGGUGAUACUUUAUUUAAUGUGAUGAAAAUGACUGAACUCGAGGUUGAUGAAAACGAAAGACCUCUAUAUCCUCCACGUAUCAAGAGCACAGAGGUUGUGCUCAACCCAUUUGAGGACAUCAUUCCCCGUAUCACUGCACAUGAAAAGAAGGUGGCUAAAAUGAUGGAGCAAAAGAAAAUGGAAGCGGAACUAGCAAAAAAGAAAAAUAAGGGUCAGAAAAAACAAUUAAACUUGUUAUCAUUUGGUGAAGAAGCAGAAGAGUUUGAAGCACCUGUCGAAAAAAAGGCAAAAAUGAAAAGCACAUAUGAUUUUAUGGAAAAUGUUGUACCUACACCAACGGAUUUGCUCGAGGAACUGAAAAAAGAGCCUGAGGUCCAGAAAGUAGUUGUGGAAAAGCAAAGUAUUCAAGAGAGAUUAAAGGAAAAGGUUAAAGCUUCGGACGAAAAGAGAAAAAGAGCCAUAGCAGAGGAGGAAGAGAAGGCCGCUAAAGUAGUGGCCACGCCUUCAGAAGAAAGAUCCAGUGCUAUCGAGAAAUUAAAGCAAGAUAUUCGAAACAUCUCUAAAGUUGAAGAGGAAGCUCCCGUUCAGAAAAAAGAAAAGAAAAAGUCGCUUGUAGAACAGGAACGUGAAAAAUAUGCAACCAACAAAAAGACCAAAAAGAAGGCUUCUGAUAAAGUAGAUGAUAGCGAUGUCUUCAAUCAACUCAUGGCCUUCACAAAGAAAAUUUCAACUGCUAAACCUCAGUCCAAAUCCACAGACAAAAAACAAGAAAAAGUCUGCAAACUGCAUGAUAUUCCUAAUUGUGAAUCUUGUUUUGAUAUCAGCGGACAGGAAGCAGAUGAGACGGAUGAGGGUUGGAUUUCGCAUAAACUUGUAUUUGACAAAGAUUUGAAGGGUAAAGAUUUAAUGCAACGAAAAGAAACGGUGGAUGAUUAUGUUGUGAUUGAUCCUAGAGACAGAGAAGCAAAAGCAAAGCAGGAGGAAUAUGAGAAAAAGAGACAUAUCAAAAGUAAAGUAGGCCCUGCAUUUAGAAAGAGAGAAAGAGAGGAGGACGAUACUGGUAGAAAAUAUAACGAUCCUUCUAGAAGGCGUGACGAUAAUCAUAGGCGUGACGGUUAUAGUAGACGGGACGACUACAGCAGACGGGACGACUACAGCAGACGUGACGAUAGAGAUGGCGAUGGUAAAAGAUCAAAACGAUAAAUAAACCUGUACAUAUCUUAUUUGCCUUCAAAUGCUAGACCCUGUUUUUUUUGAAAUAGACUUCAUCCUUCUUUUAUUCAAAAGAUCAUAAUUUCUACAGGCAAAAAAAGGGAGAUGAUUUGUUGCUUUCUGUAAGCUUAGGUUGUGAUUUAUAUUGAA